AUGCUACCAGUUCUCCGAGUUGCCCUGAUUCUGGCACGGGGAAACGCCUGUGAUACGACGCCUCCGCCUCUCCAUCUCCCCCGACAACGUCUUCGGAAAUCAGAAUUCGAUGAAAGAUAUUCGAUCGACAGCUCUUACCAAAGCCGGUCUCCACGAGUUUCUAUCCCAGCCGACACCCUGUGCACGUCGUCGGUCGUCGGUUUCCAACAUUAUUACCAAAAAACGGGCUCAUCGAAUCAGUUCUUCGACAAGACAUUGAACGACUCAAUGUCGCCUUCAUACUUUGGAAUGGGCGAGAAAGACGUCGGAUGUAUGAUGACUCUCGAUGACAAGAAAAAGUACUUGUAUGACUGA